UCGAACCCCUAGCUUAAAAAAUAAAAAAUAAAAAGGGAAUUUCAUCUCCCAACCAUUUCCAAAUCCAUUAGGAAAUCUUUUCUUUCUCCUAAUGCUUUUUGGAAGGGCCACUGGGCGUAAAUGGUGACAGUUUCGGCUGUAAGUAGCUUCACCGUUUUUUUUCUUUGUAAUUUUAUAAUUUCAGUAACUGAAGCGAGUGUUGAAAAGUUAAUUUGAUAGAACUGAGUUGUUACUGCAGAAAUGUUAAUUGAGAAUUUAGCUUAAAAUUUUGAAUUUCGGGACUUGAAUGCUGAACAGUUUAUAGAGUUUGAGUAAAUUCCACCUUGUGUUGGUAGGAAAUAGAGUUAAUGGUCAAAAAACACAUCUAAAUUUUUUUUUUUUUCGCGAGUUUAAUACCUUAAUUAUCCAUUGUUCCAUUUAUCUAUCUAAACUAUCACUCCUUUUGUAUUAAAACACGUUUCGAUGCUGAGUUGCCCUUCACGCGCCUGUUGCUGACAUCGAGGAGUGUUUUAAUUAAUACAAAGGGAGUGAUAGUUUAGGUAGGUAAAAGAAAUAAUGGAUAGUUGGAGUAUGAAACUCGUGAAAAAGUGACAAUUUAGGUGUGUUUUUGGCCAUUAACUUUAAUGUUUAUGAGAAAAACAUGAAAUUGAGGAUUUUUUUUUUUUUUGAAAUUGAGGAAUAUUGUUAUGGGUGCAAUGACAAAAGUGAUCGUAUUACGAGAAUUGGGUAUUUACUCAUGAAUUCAAGUUGCAGCUGUUAUCGGUGACGAUUUUUAUUGUUUGGCAGAGGAGAGAAAAGGACGUUGGUGUUUAUCCAACCGGGCAUACUCUUUUCUUUGUAGCUUCAUGGGCUUGUAAUUUUAGCUGUCCAUUCUUUACAUAUUACAGUGGAGAUGUGGGGUCUUCUAUUACAGUUUAAAGAGGCUUCACAGAAAUUUCCCACUACUUACUUUUCUAUUAUGAAUGAAUAAUAUUCACUGAAAAUAUACCACAUCUUAUGCUGCCAGUUGAAUAGGUCUAAUAGCAAUAAUUCAAUUCAAUUGGAGUAGGACCCAUCUUCAUAGAAACUUUUCAUAUUUGAUGUCCUAUAUAUGACUUUGUCCCAAAUAUCAUCCAUUUAGAUCUUAUCACUACAAACAAUCUAUCCACACAAGUAUUUUUCAUUCUUCUCAAAUUUCAACAAAUAACUGGAUCCAUGGCAUCAACUUCUUCUUCCGUGGGUAAUUCACAGUACUGUCCUCCAUGGAGGUACGAUGUCUUUCUAAGUUUUAGAGGCGAAGAUACUCGCAACACAUUUACAAGUCACUUGGAAGAAGGUUUGCGAAAAAGGGGAAUAGUCACCUUUCAAGAUGAGAAAAGGCUAGAGCAUGGAGAUUUGAUCCCAGAAAAACUCUUGAAAGCUAUCAAAGAGUCUCAAGUUGCCCUCAUUGUUUUCUCAAAGAAUUAUGCAACAUCCAGAUGGUGCUUGGAUGAACUAGUGAAGAUCAUGGCAUGCAAGGACAAAAAUGGACAAAUCGUCAUACCGAUCUUCUAUAAUGUGGAUCCAUCACAUGUUCGAAAUCAGAGGGAGAGCUUUGCAGAAGCCUUUGCCAAACACGAAUCGAACUAUAAGGAUGAUGUUGAGGGAAUGCAGAAGGUGCAAGGAUGGAGGACAGCUUUAACUAAAGCGGCCAAUCUCAAAGGUUGUGACACCCGUAGCAGGAUUGAAUCAGAAUGUAUUCGGGAUCUUGUUGACCAAAUUUCUUCCAAAUUAUGCAAGACCUCUUUAUCUUAUUUGGAAGAUAUUGUGGGCAUAAACACUCAUUUAGAGAAAGUAAAAUCCCUGCUAAAGAUGGAAAUCAAUGAUGUUCGAAUUGUGGGGAUCUGGGGAAUAGGAGGAGUCGGUAAAACGACUAUAGCAAGAGCUAUUUUUGAUACACUCUCAUCUCAAUUUGAUGGUGCGUGUUUCCUUGCGGAUAUCAAAGAAAAUAAAAAUGGAAUGCAUUCUCUGCAAAACAUCCUUCUUUCUGAACUUUUAAGGGAAGAAAAAAAUUACGUGAAUAAUAAAAUGGAUGGGAAGCACCUGAUUGCUCGUAGACUUCGAGUUAUGAAGGUUUUAGUUGUGCUCGAUGAUAUUAAUCAUGAAGAUCAUUUGGAAUAUUUAGCAGGGGAUCUUCAUUGGUUUGGCAAUGGUAGUAGAAUUAUUGCAACAACUAGAGACAAACAUUUUAUAGGGAAGAAUGAUGUAGUAUAUGAAGUGACGACAUUAGUUAAACAUGAAGCUAUUCAACUGUUCAAUCAAUAUGCUUUCAAGAAAGAAGUUCCAGAUGAGUGUUUUGAGGAGCUAACGUUGGAGGUAGUAAAUCACGCUAAAGGCCUUCCUUUAGCCCUGAAAGUGUGGGGUUCUUUCUUACAUAAGAGGGACAUAACUGAGUGGAGAAGUGCUAUAAAUCGAAUAAAGAAAAACUCCAGUUCAAAAAUUGUUGAAAGCCUAAAAGUAAGUUACGAUGGGUUGGAGCGUGAAGAGCAAGAGAUAUUUCUAGAUAUUGCAUGCUUCUUAAGAGGGAGAAAAAAGUUUGAGAUCAUGCAAAUUUUUGAGAACUGUGGUUUUGAAGCUAAUAUCGGAUUGAGUGUCCUAAUCGAAAAAUCUCUCGUGUUCAUCUCUACAUAUGACACGAUUCAAAUCCAUGAUUUAAUACAAGAUAUGGGUAAAUAUGUAGUGAACAUGCAAAAGGAUCCGGGAGAACGUAGCAGAUUAUGGCUCGCUGAAGAUAUCGAAGAAGUGAUGGUCAACAAUACGGGGACGAAGGCAGUGGAAGCAAUCUGGUUUGAUUAUCAAGAAAAGUUAUGUUUUAGUAAAGAGGCCAUGAAAAAUAUGAAAAUGCUUAGGAUAUUAUAUAUGGGGUUCUUUGACUGGUCCGGAGACUCUUGCCAUGAUGGCUGCAUGGAGUACCUGCCCAACAACUUGCGUUGGUUUGUCUGGUAUCGUUAUCCUUGGGAGUCAUUGCCAGCUACAUUUGAACCCAAAAGGCUUGUUCAUCUUGAACUCGGUCGCAGUGAACUGCGUCAGUUAUGGAAGGAAACAAAACAUUUGCCGUCUCUACGAAGGCUAGAUCUCAGCUACUCCAAAAGCCUGAUGGGAACACUAGAUUUCAAGGGGAUGCCAAAUUUGAAGUAUUUGAAUCUGCGAUGGUGUAGUAAUCUUGAAGAGGUUCACCAUUCCCUGGGGUAUUGUGGAAAACUAAGUGUGUUAAAUUUGUGGCAUUGUAAGAGUCUUAAGAGGUUUCCAUGUGUUAACGUGGAAUCUCUUGAAUAUCUGGAUCUACGUGGUUGCUCUAGUUUAGAGAAAUUUCCAGAAAUCCUCGGAAGAAUGAAGCCGGAGUUAAAGAUCAAGAUGAGAAACUCUGGAAUAAGAGUACUAGCAUCAUCUAUUCAGUACCUAACUCACAUUACCGAGCUAGAUUUGGGAGGUAUGAAAAACCUUGUAGCUCUUCCAAGCAACAUUGGCAUGCUGAAAAGCUUGAUGGAGCUAAAUGUAAUAUCGGGUUGCUCAAAACUUGAAAGCUUGCCAGAAGAUAUGGGGGAUUUAGAAAACUUGGAGCGGCUUGAUGCCAACUGUACUCUAAUCUCACAACUUCCAUCUUCUAUUGUCCGGUUGAACAAGCUUGAAUUCUUGAGUUUUGAGAAACAAAAAUCAGAAGUAGGCCUCGAAGAUGGAGUGUACUUUGUGUUCCCUCCGGUGUCUGACGGAUUACGCUUGUUGGAAAUUCUGAAUCUCAAUUACUGCAAUCUAAUAGAUGGAGGAAUUCCAGUGGACAUUGGAUGCUUAUCCUCUUUGAAAAGGUUGUAUCUCAAAGGAAAUAAUUUUGAGUAUUUGCCUCGAAGUAUAGCCCAACUUGGUGCUCUUCGAUCCUUGGACUUAAGAGAGUGCAAGAGGCUCGUCGAGUUGCCAGGUUUCAUGGGGAUGCCAAACUUAGUGACUUUGAAUCUGUCAAAUUGUAUGAAUCUAGAACAGUUGCCAGAUUUCGUGGGGAUGCCAAACUUGGAGACUUUGAAUCUGUCAAACUGUAUGAAUCUUGAAGUGGUUCAUCAUUCCCUGGGAUUUCUCAAAAAGCUCUUGAGAUUAGAAUUGACUAAUUGUAAACGGCUUAAGAGGUUUCCAGAAGAGAUAGGGGAUUUAGAAGAAUUGGAGCGGCUUGAUGCCAGCUAUACUCUAAUCUCACGACCUCCGCCUUCCAUCUUCCGCUUGAACAAGCUUAAGUUCUUGAGUUUUGCGAAACAAAAAUCAAAAGUAGGCCUUGAAGAUGGAGUAUACUUUGUGUUCCCUCAAGUGAAUGAAGGGUUAUGCUCAUUGGAAAAUUUGGAUCUCGGUUACUGCAAUCUAAUAGAUGGAGGACUUCCGGAAGACAUUGGAUCCUUAUCCUCUUUGAAAAAGUUGUAUCUCACUGGAAAUAAUUUUGAGCAUUUGCCUCGAAGCAUAGCCCAACUUGGUGCUCUUCGAUCCUUGUGCUUACUAGAUUGCGCGAGACUUGCACAGCUGCCAGAAUUUCCACAACAAUUAGAUACAAUAUAUGCAGAUUGGAGCAAUGAUUGGAUCUGUAAUUCGUUGUUUCAGAAUAUCUCAUCAUUGCAGCAUGACAUCUCUGCUUUAGAUUCCUUGUCACUAAGAGUGUUCACCAGCAGGAUCUAUGAUUUUCGGAUGCGGAGUAUCCCGAGUUGGUUCCGGUAUCAGGGAAUGGAUACAAAUGUAUUAGUCAAUUUGCCUAAAAAUUGGUAUGUACCUGAUAACUUCUUGGGAUUUGCUGUAUGUUACUCUGGCAGCUUAGUUGAAACCACAGCACAAUUGAUUCCCUUAUGUGAUGACGGGAUGUCAUGGAUGACCCAGAAACUUGCCUUAUCCAACCAUUCAGAAUGUGAUACUGAACCCACUAUUCAAUUUUUCUUGGUGCCUCUGGCUGGCUUAUGGGAUACAUCAAAGGCAAAUGGAAAAACACCAAAUGACUAUGGGCGUAUUAGGUUAUCUUUUUAUGGAGAAAUGGAGUUUGGACUUCGUUUGUUGUAUAAAGAUGAAGCGGAGCUUGAUGCCUUGUUACAAAUGAGGGGAAAUAAUGAUGAACCAACAGAACAUUGCAUUGGGACAAGUAGUGAACACCAUGAAUCUGUUUCUAAUGAAGCAGUUGCUCCUCUUGUAGAAACAAAGGUCACACUUCUGGAAUUCGUGGGAUCUCUGUUUUUGAGAAUCUGCAGUAACAAAUAGAGUGGCCAGCCUCUCAGGAACUCUGCAGCUCUUUCCUGCAAAACCACGAUUUUGGCUUAAAUAUAGUUGCUCAUGAAUGAGUGAUGUACAUAUCAACCAUGAGUUUUGUCAAUUGAUUCUCCAUCUUAUCUCCGCUUGUGUGAAGCCAUGCAUAACCAUGGUGAGUUAAAGGCUAGUGCAUAUGAUGAGGAGUUUAUGCGGCAGUUGCUACAGCUUGAUCAACAGUUGGCUAAGUAGAGGCAAGAGACUGAAGAUGUUGAGGAAGGGCCAUUUUCAUAUUUGUACCAAGUUAAACGUGGAGUUCAAUCUGGAUGUCGGGAAAAAGACGAAACAAUUGAAGAUGCUGCAUAGAGUGAGACAAUGGAGGAAGCUGAGGUACAAAGGGAUGUUAAGUGCCAGAUUAUUAAGCCAAGACUGAAUGCACCAAAUCAUGAUUAGAUGUUGUGAUCAGUGGCGGAGCCAGAAUUUUCAUCUAGGGGGUUCAAAAAUUCUAAAAGUGCAAACUGGGACCAUGGUACUUUGAGAGCACCGGUAACACUGCCUAUGAAGAACACAUGUUUCCUCUGUUUGUAAUAGAGCAACUAGACUCUUGGCCUAAGAAAGAGAUUCUCGAAAUAACUUGGGUGAAUGUGCGUGAAGCAACAACGAUGUGCCAAAACGGGUGGAUGAAAGAAGCCUUGGAACUAUAGUUAGUCGCCUCACAUCACAAAGCAAGCGGACCAAAGAGGAACAAUUUUCCCAACUGGUGUUUGCCCAUUUGCAAACACCAAUUUUGAUUGGUUGAAGUUGGCACUCUCACUCCGAUAAUAGUUUCCUCGAGUUAAACGAGAGUUCAGUGAAAACACUGUUAAUUUUCCCUUGAUGUGGCGAGGGUUAAAAAGAGAAAGAAGGUAUCUUAUUUCUGCAAGGAAGUUCAUGAGAUUGAUCUUGAUGCUAUUUUAUUUUGUAAAAAUUUCAUAGAAUGACACAUUUGAGUUUACAUAAGAAUUCUUCACAAAAGGCGUGUAAUUAUAUAUUUGAGUUUUGUCGAGAAUAAGAAAAAUCGAUAUAUUGAUCAA